AUGCUCCCAACUAUCACUCAAGAUUCGCCCCUUGCGGCAGCCGUGGCCGGUGCCAUUCAACCCAAGUUGAUAGAGAUGGGCUGGAGUACCGAUGACGGUCAAGAAUCAGCCCUUAUUGAAUACAUCGUUCUUAUGUUGGUCAACGGCAAGACUCAAGAGCAAAUUGCGACUGAGCUUUCUAAUGAUUUCCUUGGUCUUGAGGAGGGAGAUACACAAGCUUUGGAGUUUUCUAAGUGGCUCUUCGGACAAGUGGAAAUUCUUCACGCCCAAAUUAAUGGAGGACCAGCUGAGAGCACUCCCAAAGUUCCUGCAGUUUUCAUGCACCAUGAUGGUGCAAACGACUCUCCAUUUGGCACAAAUGGGCAAGACUCGGAGAUGGGCGAGGCUGGUGAUGUCAUCCCAACAGGACCGAAAGCGAUGCGCAAUGGCAAUGGACAAACCGGUCGAGGUGGUCGAGGGUAUUUACUCAGCCAAAUCAACCGAAACAUGGAUCGUGGAAAUGACAACCCUCUCCAUCGAGUGCGAGGACAGCAAGGAAAUGGUCGCAUUGGCGGUAUCGGCCGUGAUAAGAUGAAUCGUGGAGGACGCGGAGGCCGUGGAGGUCGGAACAUGCCAGGAAUGGGAAUGCAGGGCAACAUGGGUGGCGGUCCCAUAGUGCAAAUGAGCCCUGAGAAUCAGAUGCAGAUUAUGACUAUGCUGGAGGAACAGGCACGCAUGAUGUCGCAACUUAUGCCCGGUUUCGUCCCCGCUGUCAACCCAGCUUUCCAAACUGGUCAGCAGAACGGUCGCUCACUUUUCGAUCGCGUCGAGCGCCAGGGUCAACGCGGUGGAGAACGUGGAGGACGUUUUAAUAAACGAGGCCAAAACCAACGACCCCAAGAUUCAACUACUGCUGAAGCAAGCGUUGAUGCCGAGAUGGGUGGUGAACAGAAUGAGGGCAACACCAACAGUGUUUGCCACUUCAACCUUCGAUGCACUCGCAUGGACUGUCCAUUCGCACAUCAAUCUCCCGCUGCCCCCGAAGGCACCUCGGUCGAUGUCUCUGAUACUUGUUCAUUCGGUGCGGCUUGUAAAAAUACGAAAUGCACUGGUCGUCACCCAUCGCCUUUCGUUAAAUCUGCCCACCAGGCUGAGGAAAUGUGCAGAUUUUUCCCUCAUUGCACUAACCCCAACUGCCAAUUUAAGCAUCCCAGCAUGCCUCUUUGCCGCAACGGUGCUGAUUGCAAACUCGAAGGCUGCAAGUUUACCCAUCUGCAAACAUCUUGCAAAUUUAAUCCUUGCAUGAACCCUAGCUGCCCAUACAAACAUGCCGAGGGCCAGCGAGGCGCCUUCCCCGGCAAAGUAUGGACCCCCAAGUCCGCAGUCCGUACUGCCGAGCGCAAGUUUGUCGACGACGAGGAAAUGGAAGAGCUCGUCAAACCUGAGACCACCGCCGCUGAGGGCUCCCAGGGCAGCCAUGAUAUUACAGUAUGA